AUGCUGACUUCAAUUCAUAAUAUAAUAUGGAGAGACUUACCAUUAUUAUUUCUUCUAUUGAGUUAUGUAGAAGGUCAAGAUACAGAUCUCGGAAAUAGGAUUAAUUCGACCACUUCAAGAACAAGUUCAGUGCAAUCGUAUGCAAUAUCAUCAAGAUCUACUCGUCUGUUAUCGGAUUCCAUAUCGCCUUCACGUUCCUCAGCCUCCUUGCCUGAAAUGAGUUCUCGUUCAACUUCGAUAUUGAGAAGGAGUUCAAGGGAUUCUUUUUCUUUACCUGUGUCGCUUUCUUCGGAAGUAUCUUCAACUAGCGUUGCUUCUGUGUCAUUUACUUCAUUCGGAUCAUCACCAGCUACUUCUAGUUUAUCCUCAUUGUUAUUAUCAUCAAGUUCUAGCUCAUCUACUGGGCGAUUAUCUUCAACAAUCAUUUUAUCAUCGUCAUCGUCAUCGUCAUCGUCAUCGUCGUCAUCAAGACGUUCUUCAUCCUCUUCGCGUAUGAGGACAUCAUAUUCAUCCUCAUCAAUACCAGCAUCAAUAACCUCACAAUCUACUUCAACAAUAACAGGUUCCUCAACUGGCGAGUCAACAUCCUCUUCUUCAGAUAUACCAAGUGAACAAAGAACAAUCACCAGUAUUAUUCAUGGUCAAACUAUUCUAUCAAACCAUUAUACAACUAUUACGUAUACUCCAACAGCAUCAGCAAAUGCAUCAACUAACAAAAAAAGCUCUCAUGGAUUAACGAAAAAAAAUCGAAACAUUGUCAUUGGUGUUGUUGUUGGUAUAGGUGUUCCAUUAAUCAUCGCUGCUUUAGCUAUAAUUUAUUUCUUCUGUAUUCAAACGAAAAAGACUGAUUUUAUUGACUCUAACGGUGUGGUCGUUACAGCAUAUAGAAAGAAUAAAGUUACAAAAUUAUGGGAUAAGAUGAUGGGUAAACCAAUGUCAGAAAAUGAAUACGAAUCCAAUUCUCCAUUGGGAAGUGGUAAUUCUGAUUUAGAUACAGAUAUAGAGGAUUCUCCAUCAGCUCGACUAUCUCCAGGUGUGAAUAGAACAGGAACAGUCCUGAGUUCAAAGAAUAUUAAUAAUAACGCCACUGUAACUAAUGGUCAUCCAAAUGAUUUGUUCUUAGAAGAGGAAAAAUUCUAUGAUGAGCAUGGUAAUGAAUUAAAUGCAAGAAAUUAUUGA